AUGGAUGAUUAAAAAAAUAAAUAUAUUAGCUAUUUCAAUAAUUUUGAAAAUUUAUUAAAAAAUAUUGAAUAAAAUAAUUAAAAUUAAUUAGACUUAUAACAAAUAUUUGAUUACUCAUGUAGUUUGAUUAAGAAUAUAAUAAGAAAAGAGUUGAAUGAAUAAAAUCAAUAAUAAGUAAAUUUAACUUUUGAAUAUGAUAAAAUUGAAGAAUAUAUUGAAGAGAUCUAAAAAUUAAUAUAAAAUAAUAAUGACCCAUCUCAAGAUUUAUAUCAUAUUUUUCAAUAAUUAAAGUGGAACAUAAUCUAAUUAGUGAAAAGAAAAGAAAAUAUCUAUAUUGAGGAAAUUGUUGAUUAAUUGAAAAAAAUUCAAUUCUUUAUUAAAGAUAAUAAUAAUUGGAGAUUUCAUUACAACUUUCUUGAAAUACUUGUUAAUUUAAUUUAAUAUGAUAGUAGCUUUUGCUUUUAAGAAAAGAAAUAAGAUAAUUAAAUAGCUGAUAAUACAAAUUAGAAGUUUGAGUAACUCUCAAAAUACUUGAAAACAUAUAUUUAGAAAGAUUAUUUUGAGAGAUAAUGCGAGUAAGCAAUUAAAAGCUUUUUAGACUUAACUUUUAAAGAAAAUUAAUAUGAUGAUGAAUUUCUAUUGGAGAAUAUAGAAGAUCAAAAAAUAGAGAAAAAAGAUUAUAAUACUAAAUUAAGUUGUUAUAAAUAAACCAGAUAAAAUUAUUUUUCCACUGAUGAUGAAUAAGAUAAUUUGGAUUUUAAAAAAAUUAAUGUACCUUUAAGAGUUAAGAUUAAUAAUAAUUAACAACCAAAAGAUUUAUUUGAAGAAUUUGAUAUUGAUGCUUUUAGCGAAAUAAAAUUGGAGGCUGAAAUAAACAAUUUUCUUUGGAAUAAUAAGAAUUAAAAUGAUAUUUUACUUAUAAAAGGUUUGGCAGGUUCAGGUAAGAGUAAAAUAUUAUAAUAACUUGAAUUGUUUUUAUGGAAUAUUUAUGAUUCUUAAUUAAAAAUAAAAAAAUGGAUUCCUUUAUAUUAUAAAUUAUAAGACUAUGAAAAGACUUCAGAAUCAAUUUUUAAUCAAAUAUUAAUUACAUUUCCACUUGUUGGAGAUGAAUUAUUUAUUUUUUAAUAAGAUGUCAUAAAAGGUGAAAAAUAAAUUAUUCUUUUAUUGGAUGGGUAUGACGAGAUGAAAUAACAAUUUUAAGCAAAAUAUUUAAUAAAAGAUAAAGAAUAUUUUAAAAAAUAAUUAGGUAAAAAUGUAAAAAUAAUUAUAACAUCAAGAAAGGAAUCGCUAAAUGAUGAAAAAUACAAAAAAGAUUUUACUGGAACAAGUGAAAAAAAUUUGAUUGAAGCUGAAAUAAUUGAAUUUGAUGAAUUAUAAAUUAACUAAUAUCUUGAAUAACAUUCAGUCGAAAUGAUUAGAUAAAAAUUAUAUGAAGAUUAUAAAAAAAUAUUUGAAAAUACUUAUGAUAAUUUUUAAGAAAUUUGGUAAGCAUUUUUAUUUGAAGAUAUAAAAUAAAUAGUAUUAAAAACAGAAAACUUGAAAUCUAAAUAAAUUUUCUCUAAUAAACUAAUCUUAGAAAAAUUGCAUAAAAAAUUGAAUAUAAUUUAUGAAUUUGAGUCUUUAUCAUCAAAAAAUGAUUUGGAUGAAUUAUUUGAAAGUAUGAAAAGAUUUUAAAGUCAAAGUUAAUUGAAGAGAAAAAUCUAAAAUAAUCAUAUCAAAAAUUUGAUAAAAACUCCAUAAGCCUUCAAAAUUAUACUUAAUAUCCUCACUGAUGAAAGUUAAUUAGAAUUAAUUAAAACAAUUAAAAAAAACAAAUUUUUGCUUGAAUUAGCAAAAGUAAAGUAAUAAUAAAUUAAAAUGAAUGAUUAAAUUUUAAAUGAGAAUGAUUUUGUUGAAAAUUUGAAAGAGUUAUUCGAUAAUACCCCAUUUUUUGAUGAUUUUGAAAUUGAGCAUUUAUAAAAUGAAAAGCAAAUAAUAUCAGAAAAUGAUUUACUUAUAAUUAAAUCAGCAGUAAAAUUAUCAAAUAUUACUUUAUAUGAGUUUUAUAAAUUAUAUAUAAAGAAAUAUCAUGAGGAAUAAAAAGAGAAACUCUAAAAAUAGUAAAUAGAAAUAGAAAUAGAUUUCAAAAGUAAAUUAAAUAAAUGUUAAAUUGAGUUAGCUAUAAUAAUGAAUAGAAAUGAAAAAUAUGAGUUUACAUAAAAAAAACUUAGAAAUGAAGGCUUUAAAACUUUUGAAUUUAAGCAUGAUAACGAAUAUCCCACUUUUUUUAAAUGUGGAUUAAUCAAGUUAAUUAAGGAAGAUAAACUUGGAAAACUUGCAUAUAGUUUUUAACAUAAAUCUAUUUAGGAAUUUUUUGUAGGAAAAUAUAUUUUAUGGUUUAUAAAAAAAUUUGAAACUUUAAACGAUCAAGAGAUAUUAAAUAGUGAUUAUAACAAAGCAGACUUUGAUUUGAAUAAAAAAUAAUUUGAAGUAGUAAUAGAUUUUAUCAAAGAAGACUUAUUAAAUUUUGAAAAUAUUAAAGAAAAUUUGAUUAAGAUUGUAAAGCUUUCAAAAAAGAAAGGAUAUGAAUUUGCAGCAUCUAAUAGCAUAUUUUUGAUAAAUUAUUUAGGAAUGGAAUUAAUAGGAGAGGAUUUAAGUGGAAUUGAAUUAGAUGGUACUAAUAUUUCUGGUCUUAAUUUCUUUGGUAGUAAUUUGGAUUAAUCUAAGUUUUCAAAGGUUCAAUUAUAUUAUUGCAAUUUUAAUAAUACCAGUUUAUUAGAUGUUGAAUGGACAACAAUACCUUAUAAUAUUGUAACUUUAAAGGAAGAAAACAGAAAAAGAAUAGAAGGGAUGAUCUUUUCUCCUGAUGGCAACUUUUUGAUAUAUUGGAUAGACAAUUUAGUUUAUAUAAGGAAUUAAAAAACUGAAAUUAUUAAGAAAAUAAAAUAACCGUAAGGAUUGAAGUAAUGUAUUUUUUCAUCUGAUUCAACUAAAUUUUUAUUGCAAUCUCAAGAAUUUAUAAUGAUAUAUCGUUUUGUAAAUAAUGAUAUAAUUUUAUUGAUGUGCAAAAAAUCUUAUUUUCCUUAUUUAUAAUGUUUGACAUUUUUUAAUAAGGAAGAAUAAAAUUUGAUAAUUUUGAAUAAAGAAUAUUAUAAUGAAGAGACAGCAGAAGUUAUAAAUUUGAAAGCAGGGGAGAAGAAAAUUAUUUAGAUUGAAGAUUUAAAUAAAAUUAUUGAUUAUGAAGAUGUAAAUAUCACAACUUUUACAAUAAAUGGUUAGAAUGAUGUGAAUGUUUUAUUAGGUACUAAAGAUGGAUCAAUAUUGAAAUGGAAUAAAAUUAAUAAUAAACCUGAAUAACUAUUUAAUGAUUCUAUUAAUACUUAAUAAAGUUAAAUACUUUAAAUUGAAUUCUCAAAUCUUGGUCAAUAAACUGUUAAUAAUGAUGUUCUCAUUUCAAUUAGUGAAGAUUAAGUAAAUAUUUGGUUAAAAAAGGAAGGAAAAUAUUAAAUUGCUAAAUCAUUACCUUAUUAAAAGGUUAAUGGUAAAUUACCAAGAUAUGUAUUUUCAUAAUAAAAUGAAUUGAUUUUAAUAACAAAAGAUUAAAUCAUAUUUUAUGAUAUACAAAAUAAUUACUAAGUAAAAUAAAACAAAAUUGUAAUUUUGAAAGAAGAAUGUUAAGAGAUAGUUUAUAUAAACUAUUAGUUUCUAAUAUAAAGAAUAAAUUCUCAUACUUAUUAGAUAAAAGAAUUAUAAGAAAUGACAGUUAUUAAAGAAUUUCAAUUUAAUAUUUUUGCAAUUAUAGAAUAUACUUAAUAUCUUGCAUUUGAAACAAUGGAUAAGCAAAUAUUUGUAUACAAUUUUUGUUAUUUAUAAAAUUAAAAAAUUGAAUUUAUAGAUUAAAAUAUUAGAAUUAAAAUUGACACAUAAUAACAUCAAACUCAUUUAGUAUGGUCACCAAAUGGUGAUUAUUUAUUAUCUGCUAAUAAUCAAUAAAUAAAUGUAUAUUUAAUCUAUAGUCAUAAUUCAUAACUUUAAAGUCUUGAAAUAUUAAAAAUCAAAAUUGAUUUAGAAGUGAAAAUGAUCUAAAUAUCAGAUAGUGAACAAAUUGGAGUUUUAAGUUAAAAUCGUUUUACUUUAUAUGAACUUUAUUAAGUACAUAAAAAUAAAUUACCUAAAGAAAUUAAAAAAUAUUAUAUGAAUUAUAGACAUUGGCAAUCCAUAAAAUUAAACUUUACAAAUAAAUUGUUAGCAAUUUGUUGUAAUGAAAUAGUUCUAUUUUUAGAACGUUCUGAAAUCAAUUCUUUUUCAUUAAAAAGCACAUUAAAAGCAAAAUUCUUUUCCAGCUCAAUUGAUAAUAAAAAAUUUGCAAUUUUGAAUGAAGAAGAUAUAUAUAUAUAUGAUUUUGAUUGGUAGAAUGGAUUUAAAAGUUAUCCUAAAAUACCAAUAAAUAAUGCAAUCAACAUUAAAAACCUUCUUUAUGUGAAAGAUAAUUAAUUAGUAGUAAUUUUUCCUAAUGAAAUUUAUUUUUAAUAUGGAACAACAAAUGACCUAAAUUCUAUUUAAGGGGUUUAUGAUUAACAAACAUAAGUAUCAUUAAAUGAUGAGGUAGCUGUAAGUGAAAAUUCAAACAUUCUAAUUACAAAGAAAUAAACACAACCUAAAUUGUAUAAUAAAGACGACUUUGGAUAUUGUGCUAGAAACCCAUGUUUUACCUAAGAUGGUGAAUAUAUUGCAUUUGAGAAAAUAAAUGAUCCCAAAAGUUAAUUUCAAUCACCAUUCCACUGUUAAAUAGUAUUCCAGAGUUUAUCAAACCCCUAAAUAAAGUUUAUUCACUCUCUUCAAAAUAAAUAAGAAUUUACUGCAUGGUUAUUACCUUAUAGUAAUUAUUAUGUAACUCAAGAUUAUUAUUUCAUAUAUAUUUGGGAUGCAUCAGUAUUAAAUGAUAUAAAAUUACUUCGAACUAUUCCACAAGAUUUUGAGCUUUUUCAAAAUGUAGAAUCCUUUUAAAAUUGUUCUGAUUUUCCCAAUUAAAUAUUGUUUACAAAAAAAAACAUUUAAGAUAUUAUAAAAGAUUGUCAUGAUACAUUGCUUAUUGAAGGUUAUCAAGUUUAAGCUGGACUAUUUAAAGAUGAAACAUAAUUUUAUACUGUUAAGGACAAUAUAAUCUCAAUAAAAAAUAUAAAAACUAAAACUUAAGAAUAAUAAAUUUUAGACCAUUAGGCUAAUAUUAUUUCUAUUGAUUUUAGUGAAGAUGGUAAAUUUAUGGCAUCCAGUGAUAUUAAUGAUCGAAUAGUAAUUUGGAAUACUUUAGAACAAAAAAAAUUAAUUAUAAAUAAUUAGUAAAAUAAUGAUCUAGAUAAACAUAAAAAUUAUGAAAUAAUAUCUAAAUGUAUCUUUGUAAAAUUAUCACAUUCUUUAGGAAUAACAUAUUUAAAACAAAACGAAGUUUUAAUUUAUGAUUUUAAAGAUUUUAAUUAACCUGAAUUAUUUUACAAAAUUUCCGCAGAUCCCUAAUUUAUUUUUGUUGAUCAUUAUAUUUAUUCAAACGAUAAUAAAUUAGCUAUAAUAACAUAAGAAAAAUAUCCAAUAUUUGAUGAUCAUGAAAUAAUUAUUUUUGAAUUAAAAACCAAGCAACAAAUUCAAAGAUUAUUAGUAUAUUCUCCUCAUUUUAGUUAGAACUAUAAAGAAAAUACAAUCCAAAUAUUUAUAUCUAAUGAAUGCUACCUUAUUUCAUAGUUAUAAGGAUAAACUGAAAUUAAAGAAAAUGAGCUUAUUUGGAUGAAGGAAUAUGAUUUUUACAAAAAAAAAAAAUAAAAGAGAGGUAUGAUUGAAGAAAUUACAAAUCAGUAAAACAAUAAAAACUUGAUAAAAAAGCCUUUAUUAGAGUAACAUAUGGGAAGAACAGAAGAUUUAGAGCUUGUAUAUGUAGGGAAUAAAUAUAUACUUUAUACUUUUGAGCAAAAACCAUGUUUUAAAUAAUAUAGAAUUAUAGAUUUAGAGCUUAGAGAGAAAUAGAUGAAAAUAAUAGGUUUUUGUCGGUUCUAAAAAUAUAAUAAAUUGAAUUGCUUAUAAUUACAAAAUGAUAGAUUAAUUUAUAAGCAUAGUGAUGAUAAUAAAUGGCAUUUAUUUAACUUUUAAAAUAAUUCAGAGGAAUAAAUAGAGCAUUCAAAUGAAAAUAGAUUUCAAUUAGCUAUUUCAAAUAAUGGCUAAUAUUUAGGCUAUGGUUGGAAUGAUAGAGAUAUUUAAAUAUAUAAUUAAGAUAAAAAUGAAAUAUUCUAUUAGCAUAUGAAGAAUUAGAAAGUGAAAGAUAAUAUAAAAAUUAAUCUUAUAUUUUUUAAUGAUGAUAAAAUGCUUAUUAGUUCUUAUGAUAACGAAUUAAAAUUUUGGAAUAUAAAACUAAACAAACUAAUUUAAUAGAUUAAUUUUGAUUAAUAGAUUGCAUCUAUAGUCAUUUCACCAGAAGAAUCUAAUAUUGCAUUAGAAUUACAAAAUGGUGAGAGUAAAAUAAUAUAAAUAUUAAAAGUUCUUCCUUCAUAGGAUGAAAAUGGCUUUAAAGUAAUCAUAUAUAAAUAAUAAUUUAGUACGGUUGUUACAAGUCAAUUCCAUAGUUGUAACAAUUAUCAGCUAUGAAUUGUAAGACUUCACCAAAAUCAGUUAUUUAAGAUGAGUAAGAGAACUCCUUAAUAACUGUUUUUGAUCAUGAGCAACAAUUUAGAAAGGCAGAAUAGAAUCUUCAAGAUUAAUGA